UUUCUUGAGGAAGCCAGAAAGGGGAGGAGGAGAGCGAUGGCGAUGGCUUCUGAAGAAGAGGCCGUCGGAGCAAUAUCGCGGGGGAGCCUUAAUGAGAGGUCGCCGGAGAGAUGUUGUCUCGUAUCUCCGGCCGCGUUCAACUCCAUGAAGCGCAUAUCUUCCGGUGCAGCGACGACGGAUCACCUCCUAAGGCGACGCAUGUUUGCCUUGAGGGAAGGACUCUUCGACCAUGCUCCUUACGAACAAAUCUGGACGGCAGGAUUUGCACCCUGCAUCUGUCAGGGGUUUGGCAUCAUUUGCAGGACAUCACGUGGUGCUGCAUAGGGUGCGGGGCUAUGGAACGGCCACCUGCUAUUUGAAUCAGCACGUUUCGACCCCACACUAGGAUCAGGAGGAUCAGGAAUUCAUGUUCAGCUGAACCAUAGCAUGCUAGUAGCAGCACAAGCUCGGUCCGCCGCCGCCAACGGCCAUGUCAUCGUCGAUAUGGCUCCCCUGCUACUGGCUGCGGCGGAUUCCAUUUCCAUGGGAGCAGAACCCAAAGCAGCCGAGAUCGGUCGAUCCGAGGAGCAGCACGCCCGCUCCAUAUCGCAGACGCUGUUCUGCGCGCUCCUGCCGGCGUGCGUCACCUCGCGUGCUCUCUUCGAGCCUGCAGGUUCAGACUACGUCGGCCUUGCGAUCUACGCCGGCCUGCUGCUCGUCACGGCAAUUACGUACGCCGGCAUGUUCACGUCCAGCAGGGCGAGCGGCGGCAAGGCGUCCCUGCGCGUCGUGGCCUGCGUCGCUAUCGCCGUCAUGACCGUCGCGGGGUCGUCGCAGUUCUCCGGGACGGCGCACGUUGCUGCCGCUGCUUUCAUGGGUGUGGUGACCAGCUUGGUGGUGGCCAUUGCCAUGUGAAACCUGGGCUGCAAAUUGAAAUAUGUCUAGAUGUUUCAAUUAGGCCAUGAAAACAAUUGUAAUAAAAUUAUUACUUUUCUCGUUACGUCUAUGAAUUGUAACCUCAUAAUAAUGUAAAACUUGGUUGAUGGAUAUGUGAAUAGCUUGUGAAACUCAAUUUUAUGUAUGUAAAACUUGAUGUUAUUCUGA